AUGAGUGCCAAUUGGCUUGUUGAAUCAAAGUAUCAUAUUGAUGAUCUGCCAUCAGAGGUGGAGGACAUCGAUGAUCCACUCAAGAAGAUGGUGGAGACUGCCAAGAUAUUCAGUGCGCUAAAGAUGAAGUGCAAUGACAAGAUCAAUGAUCUAUCAAGGUGUCAUGCACUGUUGAGUGAUGUUGUUGACUCAACGCAUCUCCUCAAAGAGUUCACCAAAGACAACACGGAUGUCAAGUUGGUCUUGGCUGGACCAACUCAUUCAGGCAAGGAGCAUUCCCACUCAAUCAAUCAAACAAACAGUCAACAUUGA